GCGGCCUCCAUUUUGUCAGUAUAGGCAGUAGGAGGUUGGUCCAAGACGGAGUGGUGAUCCGUGACUCGCUCGUGGGCUGUUUGAUCCGUGCAUCGUUUCUCCCUGGAGAGGGAAGGAGGCUUGGAGGUUGAGAGGGAGCCACCGCCGCGUCCCGAACUCGAAGUCGCUAGGACUUCUCUCAAACUUGUGUGCUGAGGAGACUCGAUGUGGGCCUCAGCUCCUAGGCUGAAAUCAGCAGACUGGCUCAUGAAAACUUGUGUACUGAGACAAAGGAAAGGAUCUAGCAGAAAGCAACGUCUCUUAUCCUGGGCUUGGCAGCAAGGAAGAGGACAAGUAGUGGAAAUCCUGCAAUCCGAAAAGCAGACUGAAAGGUGACAAAGAAGCUGAAGAUGGGUGGCGGAGAGAGGUAUAACAUCCCAGACCCUCAAUCUAGAGAUGCUAGUAAGAACCAACAACAGAACAGUAGACAGAAGACCAAGGAUCAGAAUUCCCAGAUGAAGAUUGUUCAUAAGAAAAAGGAAAGAGGACAUGGGUACAAUCCAUCGGCAGCAGCAUGGCAGGCCAUGCAGAAUGGGGGGAACCCCAAAAGCCUCUCUAACAACUCCAACUGGAAUGCUAAUAACUUAACAAGUCCUAGCUUGCUUUUUACAUCUCAAGCUAGUCAGAACUAUGCUGGAGCCAAAUUUAGUGAACCACCAUCACCAAGUGUUCUCCCCAAGCCACCAAGCCACUGGGUUCAUGUUUCCUUGAACCCUUCAGAUAAGGAAACAAUGGCAUUUCAACUUAAAACCUUACUUAAAGUACAGGUAUAAAAUUAGAUAAGUACUAAUUUUGAAUUUUGUGAUGUUUACACAUAGCCAAAAGUAGGUUUGAUAUUGUGAAAAACUGGUAAUUUACAAAUAUAAGCAGACAUUUAUGUGCUGUAUGCACUAUGUUAUUAUAGUGUUAAGGCAAUUUAAGCAGCUUAAGUGACUAAUCAAAUUUACUUGGUAGUGUUGCUAACUAAAUUCUAAGGAACAGUAAGUAACCUUAACUUUUUUUUAUUGUUUGAUGGGAAAACUAAGAUUUAUGGGUUAAUACACAAUUUCUGAAGAAAUCAGACAGUAAGCAUUUAGCCAAGACACACAAGGUGCACAGUUCAGUUUCAUGGUCUAGGGUUACCCAAACUAUUGGGCAUUUAAAAAAAAAAAAAAAAAAAAAGCUGCUUACAUUAUACCAUGGUGAGUGUGUGAAGGGCAGGGGGGGCCAGUGGUGAUUACUUAAAUGCAGUGGAUAGGCAUUUACCCAGAGACAGACCAAAUCUGAAGACAGUGCUGAAUAGCUUCCCAAGAACAUUUUUCUCUGUAGUAGCAUCCCACGGAAGCUGCUAAAGUGAUGUGGCUUCACUUGUACAAAGCUUGCUUCAAAGUUGUGUUUAAACAUUUAAAGCCAUGUAAAUACAUGUAAUAAGCUUGUAACAUAUGUAAUUUUUCUUGGCCUUUAUUCUACAAAAUCAAAAUAAGACUAUUUUUAGUGUGAAUCUGCCGAAUGUAAGACCAUGAACUGUUUUAAUCUUAUGGCCUAAUUUUAAAGGUCUCCAGUUUUUUUUAAAAGGUUCCCCUUGUGCUUAAGUGCCAGUGAAUCAAUGUAACUGCUUGUGAACUAUACAAAGAACAUCUGUUGUAUUAAGUUUUUAUAGCUGAGCUAUGAAGACUUUUUUUUUUUAAAGAGAUAUAAGAUGUAGUACAAGACUUUGUCCCCAACCUUUUUAAACCCAAAGAUACAUUUUGGCUUUAUCAAUACUAAGUAACCCCUGAUUAUAUACAACCCCUCAUUUAUGCAAAAAAGUCUCAUGUGAUUAUGCCAAAAAAAGCUAAUUUUGUUUUUUCAAGUUUAGAGCAGAUAUCGUCCAAAUCAAACAUUGAGUAUCCAUCCUAAGGGACAAGUUCAUAAAAUUAUGACUUUGAAAGAGGAAAUUCAUAAAUAAACCCUUUCUCCCUAGUA